GUCACUAAAUUUUUUCAUUUUGCCAAUUGUUAUGAAUCUGCAGUUUUUUACCUAAUAAUUUGAAAAUAAGUUACUAAUUAGAAUAUCCAGAUGAAAAUGAUGGGUGAUGGAAAUUAAGCACCAGAAAAGAUGUAAAAAGACAAUUACUAACAGUAGAGAGGAGAAAGCAGAUCCAGUCCCUUUUUUAAAAACUUCAGAGCAUAAAAGAAUAUCCCGAAGUCCAAGUGGUAACACAAAGAAUGAAAAUAAGAAGAUUACAUCAAAAACAGUCACAAUUACCAAUGGAAAGGAGAUAUCAAAGAAAACAAACGAAAUAGUGAAAGGAGUCUCAAAAAUUUGUGUCAGCGAUUUUGCCACAGCUCGAAAGACAUCAAGGAGUCUAAAAGAUACACUAGAUUCAAAAAGAAUAAAAACAGAAAAUCAAACCGAAAUUAUCCCGUUUAUCGACAAAUCCCUGUUAUCAUCUGCAGAAUUUCUGAAAAAAGGAGUUAUAAACAAUCUCCACCCUGGAAUCGUGCGAGCCCCAAAAGAAAAGGGGAUGCUCUCAGAUUUGGGUCUAAGAUCAAGAACUGUUCAAAGACAUAGCAGAAAUAAUAAAGUGAACAAAGAAGGUAAAAGGAAAAGAAGAACUAAGGAGACAUUACAAAAUAACAAACCAGCUCCGAAACCGAAAAUAAGUAUUCAACAAAGAAAGGAGAGACGACCAAGAGAGACAAAACAAAAGAAACUUCGUAAGAUGGUUAAUACUUUAAAAAAGGGAAAGAAAGAGAACAAAGAUUCGGAAACAAUUAAGUUAAUGCGAAAAAGAAUUAAAGUAAAGAAACCAGUUGUCACGAAAGCCAGUGUCAAUGUAAAACAGCUUGAUGAGCUCGCAAAGAAAAGACUAAUCCAGGGAAUACAAACUCAAAAUCUCAACCAAGUUGGCAAAAAUCUUCUUCAACAGGCAUCGAUCGAAGAUUGUAGUUCUAACAGAGAUACACAAAAUUCAGCUGUGGAUGCAAAGUGUGAUCCAUCACCAUCAAGAAGGCCACCACCACUGUUCAGACAAGCAGAGCCAGUGAGAUUUCAGAACCUAGUAUCAAAUCCAAAGAAUGUACACAUCAAACAAUCUAAUGGUGCCAUACAAACAUCAAUUGUAGCCAGUUCCAAGAAGGGAAUACAAGGUAUAUCUACAAUUGUUGGAUGCGAUUCACUACCAGCAGAUAGGCCAACAAGCCCUCUGCAUUGCAAAGAGCCAUCGGCUGCAUUCCAGAAAGCACCAUGUUCAAAUAAUGAAGAGUUUAACAAGUUAACACACGCUCCGCACAGACGAAUUUCCUCUCAGCAAAAAACAAAUGGAAAGAAUAUUGAAUUUAAUCAUAUAGAUACCAAACAGAAAUAUAAUACAUCUUUUUCAAAAAUUCCUUCUGUACAAAAAAAUUAUCUGCAGAAUGUUCCAAAUCAGAGCAUUUCAUCAAGAAAAUCUCAGGAAUCAUCACUUUCAGAUUGUUCAUUACGAACAGAAAACGUAAAUUAUCAUUCGGAAAUCUCGACAGUUUAUGGACAAAAAUUUGGUGAAAACUAUUCACAUCAAACUGUAACAAAGUUUCCGAAACCUAACAGGCAAAGUUUUCGAGCAUCGCAGAGCUUUCAAAUCGUGGUUUUAAGAAGAAUGCAAAGGCCUUUGGAUGUAAUUUAUCGAAUUCUUCUGUAUUUAUACAAUACUUUUCAAAAAUUUCUUACGGAAUAGAUAAUAUAUUAAUUUCAUUUGAAACUAAAAUGCUGCUAAUUAAAACUGGCAGUUGCUUUUAUAAGAAACUUACAUAAAGCUACAUAUAAAUGUACAAUCAAUAUUGAAAUUACUGUGCCAACUUUUAAUUGAAAGUUUAAAAACAUCAUGAAA